UCGUCACUUCCGUUUUAUUGCGUCACCGUGGAGAGAAACGAGAAGAAAGACAGUUCGGAGGACGACGGUCUUGCCUCAAUUUAGGGCGAGUUAUACUAGCUAAUCUUCACCAGGAAGACAUGAGUGACAACGAGAAGGAUUUCGAGGAGCGGGAGUCCCGCUCGGCCUCCAGGAGUGUGAGUCCACGGGGCUCUGGUAAGUCAGCCAGUCGCUCCCCGGCCCAGUCUCCUGCGCCGUCCAAGGAGGGGUCCCACCACUCCCGCUCCAAGUCUCGGUCCCGCUCCAGGUCCAACUCCAGGUCCCGCUCCCAUCGCAGCUCCCGGCGGCGCUACACCCACUCGCGCUCACGCUCGCGCUCCCACCGCCGGCGCUCUCGCUCGCGCUCCUACAGCGGGGAGUACCGCCGGCGCCGCAGCCACAGCCACUCGCCCAUGUCCAACCGCCGCCGACACAUCGGCAACAGGGUGAAUCCAGACCCGAACUGCUGCUUGGGCGUCUUCGGCCUCAGCCUGUACACCACAGAGAGGGACCUGAGGGAGGUGUUCUCCAAGUACGGCCCAAUUAAGGACGUCAACAUUGUGUACGACCAGCAGUCCCGCCGCUCCAGGGGCUUCUCCUUCGUCUACUUCGAGAACCGCGAGGACGCCAAAGAGGCGAAAGAGCGUGCAAAUGGGAUGGAGCUGGACGGACGCAGAAUCAGAGUUGACUUCUCAAUUACGAAGAGACCCCACACUCCAACACCUGGGAUUUACAUGGGCCGGCCAACGUAUGGUGGUGGUGGUGGUGGAGGAGGAGGAGGGGGAGGUGGUGGAGGAGGAGGCCCCAGUUUCAACAACCGUCGCUCCCGUGAUUACUAUGACAGGGGGUAUGAACGAGGAGGAGGCGGAGGCUACGAUCGUUAUGAUGAGAGGGACUACUGCAGAUCUUACAGACGCAGAUCUCCGUCUCCUUACUACAGUCGGGGGGCCUACAGAUCCCGAUCACGUUCGCGCUCCUACUCCCCAAGACAUUACUGAAGGGGUUGACAUUUGGACACAUCUAUGGACGAGUUAGAGGACGUUACUUUCGUUCUGGUCUUUUUUUUUGUGUUAGUACAUUGUACAUGAUUUGUGCAUUUCUUAUUCAUUUUUAAUUGGCUUAUGUACACAGAUACCUGUAUCUGAUACCUGUUUGGUCUGUGACAGUUAUACUAUCACAGUGGCUCGAGCAUAGCUCCCCAUGCAGCUCCCCAGUUUCUUUGUGUAGUUGAUGGUUUUGAGUUUGUUGUAUUAAAUUAAAUUGACUUUUCACAGCUAUUUGUCCUUGAUUCCAUGUUGCCCACCUUUUUCGAAAUAUUUUCUGUUUUAUGUUUGUUUUAUGUUUUCUUAAACUGAUUCCGCCCUUUCCCACAUCUUGAGUGAAUGUUUCUUGUAACACUGCAUUAUUCGUUAACUGUCACUUCCAAUGCUCUGUUGGCUACUUUGUCAUUGUCCUCAAUCAUAUGAUCCAUAUUGCAUCAUAAGGUUGUGUACCCUUCCUGCAAUGUGUAACUUCCCGCACAGUUAUACCAAGAGCAGUGUAAUUAUGAUCUCCGUACCUAUGUAGUUCACAGCAUUACAUACCAGGAUAACGAUGAACCAUGUGGAUGGUAAACAAAGCUUGUUAAUGCAUGUCAAUUAAAACAGAGUCUACCAUCUUGAAAAUUGUGCCCGUGUAUCCCUCUAUACUUAUUUGGUAUUAAACCAUAUAAUUACUUUUGGUUCAUGUGAAUCUUUGUUGACUUUCAUCAAAUGUCAUCUAUCUAGCGUGAAGAUGUAUUUGCGUAAAAACUAUUCUUAGAAUUCACCAACUUAAUUGAGCAGCUCUGUAGGUUUGUCUUGUUUAUCUUUGUAACUGUGCUGCUGAUGAUGCAAAGUCAAGUUCCCUAAUUAAUAAAGUUUGACUUCAAUCUGAA